GCGGACUAUUCUACACUCAAGGUUGCUAUUCUGUUGCACUACUAUUGAAGUGUUCGCCUAUAGUCUCUUGAAAAGUGUGCAAAGGAAUAAGUUGCUGGGAAAAUAAACUUUUACUGCGCGCGCCAGCGAACGCCACUCGUGGGAAUUCCCCUGGAUUACUUUAUCGUGGCUGACGCAAAAAGUGGAGCACUGAGCAUACUCUUGCCAUGUGUGGGUAACAGUGGCGACAGCUUAGAAAAGGAAAAUGAAAUCUGACGUUUUAGAGCAUCAGCUCUGAAUACAAAUGGAAAAUCCUUACAAGUUUGUUUUUGUACUUCUAGCAGCUGUAGCCCUAUGUAAAUACUCCAAGGCUGAAUGGAAUGUAACAAAAGCACCACCAAACAACAGUGUUUCCUGUAGUCCCCAUGACAACAGCAGCAGCUGUGCAGCAGUCGCAGCAGCAGCAGCAGUAACCGAAGAGAGCCACCAUGCGUGGGGCGGGCACUUCUCCAAGUGUCCAGAGGACUACAAGCACUACUGCAUCCAUGGCAAGUGCCGCUGGGUCAAGGAGCAGGAUGCCCCGUCUUGCUGGUGCCCCAACGGAUUCACUGGAGCCCGGUGUGAGUACAUUCACAUCGACUGGCUCAUUCAGGACAGGAGGCUGAUCAUCGUGGUCUGUGUGAUCACGGGGCUGGUCCUCCUGAUCAUACUCCUCGUCUUCAUCUGCGUUUGCCCACACCGACCGAAAUGCUGCUGCAAGAAGAAAAGGAGGACGACGCAUAAGAAGGAUGAGAUUGAAAAGCUUCACACCAUAAUCCCCAGCGAGGGACGGGCUCCGGCCCCUGAAACAAUGGCCACCAAUGCUGUUGUGGACCCUGAUGCACCAGAGACGGCACUGCACCACACAAGGUUGUCUCCUGCAGUGCACGGCACUGCACCACACAAGGUCUCCUGUCUCCUGCAGUGCAAGACGACAACCGUGUGUGGGGGCGAUGAAAAGGACCCUGUCGUCCCUGACGCUGAAGUCUGCCUUGCAGACAACAGAAACGCCACCACCCUCAGCUGUUGUUGUUGUUGUUGUUAUUGUUCUUUUUGUUUGACACUCAAGCUGUAGAUAACAGCAAGGUGGCGGAGUGAAUGUAUGUUUGUGUGGCGACAGGGAGUGUAGUAGUGUGAGUCAUUUUGUGACAACCGAGCGGCGAGCUAUUCAUGCCCCAGCUCUGCAGCUGUGUUGAAAAGGGAUUAUCGCCGAGGCAUGGUUGAGCAGUUUGUCAUGGGAUGGGAACCAAGGCCCUGACAGGACUGAUCGGUACGGGCUCUCACAGCCGUCAUCUUCUGUCCACACACCCCUGCCAUUGCUGGUGUGCGCAACAAGUUUACAAGUUUGAAGUUUAGGCUCCUCGUAUUUUGUGCUGAUUCAUUGUGUUUCAUAUACUAUUUAGCCUAUAACUAUAGGAGUUACAGGUUUUACACGUGUCUGUCUCUGUUAUUUUAUUAUUAUUGUUUUGUGUUAUCAAGUGUUUCAUUUUAAAAUUAAAGCUAUACUGUGUAGUGUUAACAAGGUUAGAGGACAUAAGGACUAUUUGGGUAUGGAGCUAGAGAAUAUGAAGUAAGCUGUAUUCCACGUUUCAUCAUCAAAACAACAUUAAGACAUCAAUCAUCAGUCGCCACAUUUGCUGGCUAAUUGAAUUAUAAUCAUUGCGCACAUGCUUUAAUUGAUUGAUUCCGGUAAUUCCAGACACUGAUGGAAUUGUGUUUGUUUGAACGAUGAAGGUGAAUUUGUUUGGUUGGUGCGCUCAAUUACGUUCGAUAAAAUGUCUCGUCUAUUUAUUCUUGUUUCUUUGAAAUGUGUUUGGUCUGUCUCGAGCAAGGAGUUUAUUUAGAACCAAUUCCAAACAGAGCCAUAAGCUACUGGUCAAUGUGUGAGUUGGAUAUUAAAAAGACGUUAUUUCAACAUGGAACAAAAGGUUUUUUUUUCUUUCCUGUGUAAACAGUGUUGUAUUGUUGUGUGGUUGUGUGAUUAAUUGUGUGAAGUUGAUGACGAAUUGAAAUCCAAUAGGUAAAUUUGUAUUACGGUGUAAUACAAGUUAAGCUUAGUUGGUUGAAUUCCUGUCAAACCAGCCCUGCCUGUUGUUCGCAUGGUUGGUUUGUACUGUCUGUGUGGUCAUUUAAAAUGUUGGAGCAUGUACAUUGUGCUGCAGUUUCUGUUUGACCACAGUUCUGUGGUGCUGUCCCAAUGUGAUUUCGUUCAUUUCUUCUCUGUCAUUGAUAAUUGUGUAAUGAUCAGAUACAGAGUGGCUCUUGAAGAGGUGUGGUACUGUAACUGAAUAGGUCCAAACGAAGAAAAUUAAAAACACAUUUGUGCUUGAAACGGCUUUAGGUAUCUGUGACUUACUUGACUCUGCUUGCGUUCAACUUGUUUAUUGUAAGGACCUUUGUUACCAAAGGGCACAAGUGAAAUGUCUUAAUGUCUUAACCCCUUAGUGCAGAGCCUAUGUCAUAAUCUUACUGUCACCAAAAUUGUAAUGGCUAUGUCUUAAUCUGUUACGUAAGGC